GGAGGAAUACGACCCCGCCGAGCGUGAGCCCUCCGCCUACGACAGUAAGCAGGGCGUAGAGAGCCUACUAAUAUUGUCAGGAAGAAGAAGAAGAACAAGAACAACAACAACAAGAACAAGAACAACAACAACAACAACAACAAGAAGAACAAGAUGAGGACGAUGAUGAGGACGACGACGAGGACGACGGCGACGAGGAAUACGACCCCGUCGAGCGUGUUGCCUCCGCCUACGACGCCUCGCAGUCCCGGUUUCAGCGCGGCUCAGGUCCUGGAACAGAUAUCCUCCAGCGUCGACCAAGAAGACGAAGAAGACUACUGCGAUUCCGAAGAGGAGGACGUUUCGGAAGAUGAAGACGGUGAGGAAUACAACCCCGAGCGCGACGCGGACGACUACGGAGACGACUCGGCCUCGCGGUCGAGCUCCUCUUCGGAGGAAGAUCCGGAGGAAGAGCCGGAGGAAGAGCCGGAGGGAGACGCGGCCGCUGCCCGAGAGCGAGACAGAGAGCCAGACAGAGCCAGAGAGCCAGAGCGAGAAAGGGAGACGUUGCUGUCGAAAAACGGCAAAAUCAAAUGGUCCUCCGCGGCCUAUCGCGGCCCGGACCGACCCCGCGCCAUCCGCCAGCCCUGCCCCGCCGUGACGCCGGGCCCCACGGCCUACGCCGCGUCGCGAGCGCUCGACAUCGAGUCCGCCUUCCGGCUGUUUGUCACACCGGCGAUAGAAAGGAUCAUCGUGGACAUGACCAAUCUGCAGGGGGUGAGAAAAUACGGCGACGGCUGGCGACCCAUGGACUCCACCGACCUGCGCGCCUACGUAGGGCUGCUGAUCCUAGCCGGCGUCUACAGGUCCCGAGGCGAGGCCGCGGCCAGCCUGUGGGACGCCGAGAGCGGCAGGACCGUGUUCCGCGCCACCAUGCCGCUCAAGGCGUUUCACAAGUACUCGAGGCUGCUGCGAUUCGACGACCGCCAGUCGAGACCCGCGAGACUCGCCACCGACAGACUGGCGGCCGUGAGAGAGGUGUGGGACCUGUGGGAGGAGCGGCUGCAGGCCCUCUACAACCCGGGGCCCGAAGUGACGGUGGACGAACAACUGGUCCCGUUCAGAGGACGCUGUCCUUUCCGACAGUACAUUCCCAGCAAGCCGGCCAAAUACGGCAUCAAGUCGUGGGUGGCCUGCGACGCCAAGUCCAGCUACGCUUGGAAGAUGCAAGUGUACACCGGCAAGGCGGCCGGCGGAUGCCCCGAGAAGAACCAGGGCGCGCGCGUCGUCCUCGAUCUGACCGAGGGACUGCCGGCCGGUCACAACGUCACGUGUGACAAUUUCUUCACCUCCUACGAACUCGGGCAGCGGCUCCUCGAGAGGAACCUCACCAUGGUGGGCACGGUGCGAAAGAACAAGCCCGAGCUCCCUCCCGCGCUGCUCCAGUCCAAGGGCAGACAGGUCUCGUCCUCCAGGUUCGCCUUCACGCCCACCGCCACUCUAGUGUCCUACCUGGCAAAGAGAAAUAAGAACGUGCUGCUUCUGAGCACGCGGCACGCGGAGCCUGACGUCAGCGAUCGCCGAGACCGGAAGCCGGCCCUCAUCCUAGACUACAACUGCAACAAGGGCGGCGUGGACAACCUAGACAAGGUGGUCGGGACCUACAGCUGCAGACGGAUGACCGCCCGCUGGCCCCUGGUCAUCUUCCACAACAUCCUCGACGUGUCCUCCUACAACGCCUUUGUCAUAUGGCGAGAGAUCAACCCCGACUGGAUGCCCGGGAAGCGGAACAAGAGGAGGGUGUUCCUGGAGCAGCUCGGAAAGGCGCUCGUGAAGCCCUUGAUCCAAAGAAGGCAGCGUCUCCCCCGCACCGAAGCCGCGUCCGCACUUGUCAAAGUCAUACGGGGCGAGCGUGUAUCCGCCGAGGCUCGUCCGCAGGCCCGCGAGCGAGCCGCCGGCCCGGCCGCCGCCGCCGCCCCGGCCGCCCCGCUGGGGGCGAGUAAGAGGAAGAGGUGUCAGGUCUGCCCACCCAAGAAGGACGCCAAGACACACACAGCGUGCUGCAGGUGUAAGAAAUACAUCUGCAAAGGCUGUUCACACCCAUACUGUCACACUUGUGCCCACUGGGCCUUUAGCCAAGACGGGACAGAGUGACCCCGGGGGGGGGACACUGUGUGCUAGGCAUAAUAGAAGGACAACGGGAGGGUUAUGUAACAACAACCAUACCCAAAAGGCACAAUAUCCACAACCAAGGGAAGGUAGUGCAGGAGGGGGGGCGUUUUUAGAAUCAAUACCCAAACUCACACGGGGCCCAAGGGCAGUACGGGGGACAGCCUGUCACUUCGCACACAGGGCCCUUGCCCGUAAUGUUGAAUCUGUGAGUGUCCACCACAACCUCUCAGUUAUCCAAAACUUUAUGUUGUAUCCUGUCUGUGGAAUUUGGAGGCUGUGACAAUAGAUCCAGCUUUCAGUAGUGUAGCAAACCACGUAUCAGUUAUCCAACACUUGAUGUUCUAGCCAACGCACUAAUACAGGGAACUACUUAUAAGUCAGUUUGGGUUGUUACAAGAGUUUACAUUUAUCAACACUGGGGAAGAGGUAUCAGCUAUAACAAGUAGGACUAUUAUGGGUAACCUGUUCAUCUUCGUUGCAACAAUCCACUUGUCUCUAUGUAUGCAUCUGUACGAAAAGCACAGUGUAAUCAGUGAUGGACCUGUGCUUGAAGAAGACUACCUGGGUGUGGAUGGGGGACUUGACCUUGACGGAGAAUAUCGUGGUAUGGAUGGGGGACCUGAGUUCUGAAUCUGACACUGCUCCGAGAAAGUAUGGGGGAGAUGUAAUUAUCCUAACAGUUGAAAUGUUAUAUUGUAUUCAUUUGGUACUAUGGUGAUGUGGACCUCUUUUAUCAAUAAAGUACAGUUGGUAACACUUGA